AUGACAGCAGUGACAACGGUGAGAACAGUAAAAACGGUGACAACAGUGACAACGGUGAGAAAGGUGACAACUGUGACAACAGUGAGAACGGUGACAACAAUGAUAACAGUGACAAUGGUGACAACGGUGACAACAGUGACAACUGUGACAACUGUGACAACAAAAACAACAGUGACAACGGUGACAACAGGGAGAGCAGUGACAACAGUGACAAUUGUGACAAUGGUGACAACAGUGACAACGGUAAAAACAGUGGAAACGGUGACAACAGUGAAUACGGUGACAACCAUGACAAUGGUGACAACAGUGACAACAGUGACAACGGUGACAACGGUGACAACAAUGACAACAGUGACAAUUGUGAAAACAUUGACAGCAGUGAAAACAGUGACAACAGUGACAGCAGUGACAACAGUGACAACCGUGACAACAGUGACAAUGGUGACAACGGUGACAACAUUUACAACAGUGACAUCUGUAACAAAUAUGACAACAGUGACAAAGUGACAACGGUGGCAACAGUGACAAUGGUGACAACAGUGACAACUGUGACAACAAUGACAACAGUGAAAACGGUGACAACCGUGACAACAGUAACAACGGCGACAACGGUCAAAACAGUGACAACAGUGACAACUGUGACAACGGUGACAACAGUGACAACGGUGACAAGGGUGACAACAGUGACAAGAGUGAAAACGGUUACAACAGUGACAACACUGACAAUGGUGACAACGGUGACAACAUUUACAACUGUGACAACAGUGACAAGGCUGACAACGGUGACAAGAGUGACAACAGUGACAACUGUGACAACAAUGAAAACAGUGACAAGAGUGACAACGGUGACAACGGUGACAACAGUGACAACAGUGACAACGGUGACAACGGUGGCAAGAGUGACGACGAAGACAUCGGUGACAACGGUAAAAACAGUGACAACGGUGACAACAGUGAAAACAGUGACAACAGUGACAAUGGUGACAACGAUAACAACAGUGACAACGGUGACAACAGUGACAAGGAUGACAACAGUGACAAUGGUGACAACGGUGACAACAGUGAGAACAUUUACAACAGUGACAACUAUAACAACAAUAACAACAGUGACAACAACGACAACAGUAAGAACGGUGACAACAGUGACAAGAAUGACAUUAGAGAAAACGGUGAUAACAGUGACAACGGUGAAAACAGUGACAACACUGACAACGGUGACAACUAUGACAACAGUGACAACAAUGACACCGGUGAGAACAGUGACAACGGUUACAGCAGCGACAACGGUGACAACAGUAACAACGGUGAAAACAGUGACAACGGUGACAACUGUGACAACGGUGAUAACAAUGAUAACAGUGACAACGGUGACAACAGUGACAAUGGUGACAAAAAUGAUAAAAGUGAAAAUGGUGACAAUGGUGAGAACAGUGACAAUGGUCACAAAAGUGACAAAUGUGACAACUGUGAGAACAAUGACAACAGUCAGAACGGUGACAACAGGGAGAGCAGUGACAACAGUGACAAUUGUGACAACGGUGACAACAGUGAGAACGGUGAAAAAAGUGGAAACGGUGACCACAGUGACAACGGUGACAACAGAGUAACCUGUGACAACAAUGAGAACAGUGACAAUGAUGACAACGGUGACAACAGUGACAACAUUUACAACAGUGACAACUGUGACAACAAUGACGACAGUGACAAGGGUGACAACGGUGACAACAGUGUCAACUGUGAAAACAAUGAGAACAGUGACAACAGUGACAACGGUGACAACAGUGAUAAUAGUGACAACAGUGACAACGGUGAAAACGAUGGCAAGAGUGACAACGGUGACAUUGGUGACAACGGUGACAACAGUGACAACGGUGGCAACAGUGACAAGGGUGAGAACAGUGACAAUGGUGACAACGAUGACAACAGUUACAACAUUUACAACAGUGACAACUGUGACAACAAUGACAACAAUGACAACAGUGAUAACGGUAACAACAGUGACAACUGUGACAAGAAUGACAACAGAGACAACUGUGACAACAGUGAUAACAAUGACAAUGGUUAAAAUAGUGACAACUGUGACAACGGUGACAACUAUGACAACAAUGACACCGGUGACAACAGUGACAACGGUGACAAAAUUGAAAGCAGUGACAACGGUGACAACAGUAAAAACGGUGACAACAGUGACAACGGUGAGAAAGGUGAAAACUGUGACAACAGUGACAACGGUGACAACAAUGAUAACAGUGACAAUGGUGACAACGGUGACAACAGUGACAACUGUGACAACUGUGACAACAAUAACAACAGUGACAACGGUGACAACAUUGAAAACAGUGACAACAGGGAGAGCAGUGACAACAGUGACAACAGUGACAAUUGUGACAAUGGUGACAACAGUGACAACGGUAAAAAAGGUGGAAACGGUGACAACAGUGACAACAGUGAAUACGGUGACAACGAUGACAACAGUGAGAACGGUGACAAUAGUGACAACGUUGACAACGGUGACAACAAUGACAAUAUUGACAACAGUGAAAACAAUGACACAAGUGACAAAGGUGGCAAUAGUGUCAAAGGUGACAAUAAUCACAACAAUGAUGACAGUGACAAGGGUGAUAACGGUGACAAUGGUGACAACAGUUACAACGGGGACAACAGUAACAGCUGUGAAAACAAUGAGAACAGUGACAACAGUGACAACGGUGAAAACGGUGACAAUGGUGAUAAUAGUGAGAACAGUGCCAACGGUGAGAACGGUGGCAAGAGUGACAACGGUGACAUUGGUGACAACGGUGACAACAGUGACAAGAGUGAAAAUAAUGACAACGGUGACCACAGUGACAAUGGUGACAACAGUGACACCAGUGACAAGGGUGACAAUAGUGACAAUGGUGACAACAAUGACAACAGUGACAACAAUGACAACAGUGACAACAGUGACAACUGUGACAAGAAUGACAACAGAGACAACGGUGACAACGGUGAUAAAAGUGACAACGGUGAAAACAGUGACAACUGUGACAACGGUGACAACUGUGACAACAGUGACAAGAAUGACACCGGUGACAACAGUGACAACGGUGACAAAAGUGACAGCAGUGACAACGGUGACAACAGUAAAAACAGUGACAACAGUGACAACGGUGACAAAGGUGACAACUGUGACAACGGUGACAACAAUAAUAACAGUGACAACAGUGACAACAGUGAAAACGGUAAAAACAAUGAGAACAGUAACAACAGUGACAACAGUGACAACGGUGAUAAUAGUGACAACAGUGACAACGAUGGCAAGAGUGACAACGGUGACAUUGGUGACAACGGUGACAACAGUGACAACAGUGACAAUGGUGACAACAGUGACCACAGUGACAACGGCGACAAGAGUGACAACAGUGACAAGGGUGACAACAGUGACAACAGUGACAAGGGUGACAACAGUGACAAUGGUGACAACGGUGACAACAGUGACAACAUUUACAACAGUGACAACUGUGACAACAAUGACAACAGUGACAACAAUGACAACAGUGACAACGGUGACAACAGUGACAACUGUGACAAGAAUGACAACAGAGACAACCGUGACAACAGUGAUAACAAUGACAAUGGUUAAAACAGUGACAACUGUGACAACGGUGACAACUGUGAAAACAGUGGCAACAAUCACAACAGUGACAACAAUGACAACAGUGACAACGGUGACAACAGUGACAACUGUGACAAGAAUGACAGCGGAGACAACCGUGACAUCAGUGAUAACAAUGACAACGGUGACAACAGUGACAACGGUGACAAAAGUGACAACUGUGAUAACGGUGACAACAAUGAUAACAGUGACAACGGUGAAAACAGUGACAACGAUGACAACAGUGACAACGGUGACAACAAUGAUAACAGUGACAAUGGUGACAACGGUGACAACAGUGAGAACUGUGACAACGACAAUAGUUACAACAGUGACAACAUUGACAACAGUGACAAAAGGGAGAGCAGUGAUAACAGUUACAACAGUGACAAUUGUGACAAGGGUGACAACUGUGACAACAGUGACAACAAUGACACCGGUGACAAAAGUGACAAUAGUGACAACAGUGACAGCAGUAAAAACGGUGACAAUAGUAACAACAAUGACAACAGUGACAAUGGUGACAAAGGUUACAACAGUGACAACGGUGACAACAGUGAUAACAGUGACAACGGUGAGAAAAGUGACAACAGUGACAAUGGUGACAAAGGUCACAACAGUGACAAUGGUCACAACACUGACAAACGUGACAACUGUGAGAUCCAUGACAAAAGUCAGAACGGUGACAACAGGGAGAGCAGUGACAACAGUGACAACGGUGACAACAGUGACAACAGUAAAAACAGUGGAAACGGUGACAGCAGUGACAACGGUGACAACAGAGUAAACUGUGACAACAAUGACAACAGUGACAAUGAUGAGAACAUUUACAACAGUGACAACUGUGUCAACAAUGACGACAGUGACAAGGGUGACAACGGUGACAACAGUGACAACUGUGAAAACAAUGAGAACAGUGACAACAGUGAGAACGGUGACAACGGUGAUAAUAGUGACAACAGUGACAACGGUGACAUCGGUGGCAAGAGUGACAACAGUGACAUUGGUGACAACGGUGACAGUCGUGACAACGGUGACAACAGUGAAAAUGCUGACAACGGUGACCACAGUGACAACGGUGACAACAUUGACAAGGGUGAGAACAGUGACAAUGGUGACAACGGUGACAACAGUGACAACAUUUACAAGAGUGACAACUGUGACAAUAAUGACAAGAGUGAGAACAAUGACAACAGUUACAUCAGGGACAACAGUGACAACUGUGACAAGAAUGACAACAGAGACAACGGUGACAACGGUGAUAACAGUCACAACGGUGAAAACAGUGACAACUGUGACAACGGUGACAACUUUGACAACAGUGACAACAAUGACACCGGUGACAACAGUGACAACGGUGAGAAAAGUGACAGCAGUGACAACGGUGACAACAGUAAAGACGGUGACAACAGUGACAACGGUGAUAACUGUGACAACAGUGACAACAAUGAUAACAGCGACGACGGUGACAACAGUGACAACGGUGACAACAGUGACAGCGGUGACAACAAUGAUAACAGUGACAAUGGUGACAACGGUGACAACAGUGACAACUGUGACAACAAUGACAACAGUGACAACAUUGAGAACAGUGACAACUGUGACAAGAAUGACAACAGAGACAACGGUGACAACGGUGAUAAGAGUGACAACGGUGAAAACAGUCUGUGACAACGGUGAAAACUGUGACAACAGUGACAACAAUGACACCGGUGACAACGGUGGCAAGAGUGACAACGGUGACAUUGGUGACAACGGUGACAACAAUCACAGAAGUCACAACGGUGGCAACAGUGACAACGGUGACAAUGGAGACAACAGUGACAAGGGUGACAACGGUGACAACAGUGACAACUUUGAAAACAAUGAAAACACUGACAACAGUGACAACGGUGACAACGGUGAUAAUAGUGACAACAGUGACAACGGUGACAACGGUGACAACAGUGACAACGGUGACAAGAAUGACAACAGAGACAACGGUGACAACGGUGAUAACAGUGAAAACGGUGAAAACAGUGACAACUGUGACAGCGGUGACAACUGUGACAACAGUGACAACAAUGACACCGGUGACAACAGUGACAACGGUGACAAAAGUGACAGCAGUGACAACGGUGAAAACAGUAAAAACGGUGAAACCAGUGACAACGGUGACAAAGGUGACAACUGUGACAACGGUGACAAAAAUGAUAACAGUGAGAACGGUGAGAACAGUGACAACGGUGACAACAGUGACAAUUGUGACAAAAAUGAUAACAGUGACAAUGGUGACAACGGUGACAACAGUGACAACUGUGACAACAAUUACAACAGUGACAAUAUUGACAACAGUGACAACGGUGACAAGAGUGACAACAAUGACAAGAGUGACAACGGUUACAACAGUGACAACUGUAACAAGAAUGACAACAGAGACAACGGUGAGAACGGUGAUAACAGUGAAAACGGUGAAAACAGUGACAACGGUGACAACGGUGACAACUGUAACAACAGUGACAAGAAUAAGACCGGUGACAACGGUGGCAAGAGUGACAACGGUGACAUUGGUGACAACGCUGACAACAACGACACAAGUGACAACGGUGGCAACAGUGACAACGGUGACAAUGGUGACGACAGUGACAAGGGUGACAAUGGUGACAACGGUGACAACAGUGACAACUGUGAAAACAAUGAGAACAGUGACAACAGUGACAACUGUGACAACGGUGAUAAUAGUGACAACAGUGACAACGGUGACAACAGUGACAACUGUGACAAGAAUGACAACAGAGACAACGGUGACAACGGUGGUAACAGUGACAACGGUGAAAACAGUGACAACUGUGAUAACGUUGACAACUGUGAGAACAGUGACAACAAUGACACCGGUGACAACAGUGACAACGGUGAGAAGAGUGACAGUAGUGACAACGGUGAAAACACUAAAGACGGUGACAACAGUGACAACGGUGACAACUGUGACAACAGUGACAACAAUGAUAACAGUGACGACGGUGACAACAGUGACAACAGUGACAACAGUAACAACGGUGAAGACAAUGAUAACAGUGAUAAUGGUGACAACGGUGACAACAGUGACAACUGUGACAACUGUGACAACAAUGACAACAGUGACAACAGUGACAACGGUGACAAGAGUGACAAUAAUGACAAUAGUGACAACGGUGACAACAGUGACAACUGUGACAAGAAUGAGAACAGAGACAACGGUGACAACGGUGAUAACAGUGACAACGGUGAAAACAGUGACAACUGUGACAACGGUGAAAACUGUGACAACAGUGACAACAAUGACACUGGUGACAACGGUGACAACGGUGGCAAGAGUGACAUUGGUGACAUUGGUGACAACGGUGAAAACAAUGACAGAAGUGACAACGGUGGCAACAGUUACAACGGUGACAAUGGUGACGACAGUGACAAGGGUGAGAACGGUGACAACGGUGACAACAGUGACAACAGUGAAAACAAUGAAAACACUGACAACAGUGACAACGGUUACAACCGUGAUAAUAGUGACAACAGUGACAACGGUGACAAGAAUGACAACAGAGACAACGGUGACAACGGUGAUAACAGUGACAACGGUGAAAACAGUGACAACUGUGACAGCGGUGACAACUGUGACAACAGUGAAAACAAUGACACAGGUGACAACAGUGAAAACGGUGACAAAAGUGACAGCAGUGACAACGGUGACAACAGUAAAAACGGUGACAACAGUGAGAACGGUGACAAACGUGACAACGCUGACAAAAAUGAUAACAGUGAGAACGGUGACAACAGUGACAACGGUGACAAAAGUGACAACUGUGACAACAAUGAUAACAGUGACAAUAGUGACAACGGUGAAAACAGUGACAACUGUGACAACAAUUACAACAGUGACAACAGUGACAACAUUGACAACAGUGACAACGGUGACAAGAGUGACAAGAAUGACAACAGUGACAACGGUGACAACAGUGACAACUGUGACAAGAAUGACAACAGAGACAACGGUGACAACGGUGAUAACAGUGACAAUGGUGAAAACAGUGACAACUCUGACAACGGUGACAACUGUGACAACAGUGACAACAAUGACACCGGUGACAACGGUGGCAAGAGUGAGAACGGUGACAUUGGUGACAACGGUGACAACAAUGACACAAGUGACAACGGUGGCAACAGUGACAACGGUGACAAUGGUGACGACAGUGACAAGGGUGACAAUGGUGACAACGGUGACAACAGUGACAACUGUGAAAACAAUGAGAACAGUGACAACAGUGACAACAGUGACAACGGUGAUAAUAGUGACAACAGUGACAACGGUGACAACAGUGACAACUGUGACAAGAAUGACAACAGAGACAACGGUGACAACGGUGAUAACAGUGACAACGGUGAAAACAGUGACAACUGUGACAGCGGUGACAUCUGUGACAACAGUGAGAACAAUGACACCGGUGACAACAGUGACAACGGUGACAAAAGUGACAGCAGUGACAACGGUGACAACAGUAAAAACGGUGACAACAGUGACAACGGUGACAAAGGUGACAACUGUGACAACCGUGACAAAAAGGAUAACAGUGACAUCGGUGACAACAGUGACAACGGUGACAACAGUGACAACUGUGACAACAAUGAUAACAGUGACAAUGGUGACAACGGUGACAACAGUGACAACUGUGACAACAAUGACAACAGUGACAAUGGUGACAACAUUGACAACAGUGACAACGGUGAUAACAGGGAGAGCAGUGACAGCAGUGACAACAGUGACAAUUGUGACAAUGGUGACAACAGUGACAACGGUGAAAACAGUGGAAAUGGUGACAACAGUGACAACAGUGAAUACGGUGACA